AUGAAGUGCCCUUCCGAUUCCUCGGCUGCUCAUGAUCCUCCUCCCGCUUCUGCCGGUGGCGGCUCCAGCGAGCCAGCCAAGAAGCGGCAGCGGACCUCGAGCUCGAGCCAGGCUGAGGCAUCCUCGUCCUCACAGCCUCCACCGGCGCCGCCGGGGGACGCGAGAGAGGUGCCGGAUCUGGGGGAGGACGUGAUGUUCGAGGUGCUGCGGCGGGCGGAGGCGCGGACGCUGGCCGCCGCGGCGUGCGUGAGCCGGGGCUGGCGGAUCCUCGCGCAGGACGAGCGGCUGUGGGAGGCGCCGUGCGUGAGGGAGUGGACCGGCCUCGGCUUCUCGGAACAGCUGCUCCGCGACGUCGUGCUCUCUUUCGGCGGCUUCCGCCGCCUGCACGCCGUCUCCAUCCGGGCCCGACGGCGGUUCGGCGUUGGCUGCGGGAACUGGCACGGCGUGCAGACGCCGGGACAGGGGAGGAGGAGGGGGCUGCCGUGGACCGUCGACGAGCACAGGUUGUUGAAGCUGAUCAUGCUCCAAGUGUGGCUAUACUGGUUGUUGAAGCUGAUCAUGCCUUGUUCUUUGGCCAGGUUGUUCCUCUUAGGCCUGAAGACGUACGGAAGAGGGGAUUGGAGGAACAUAUCACGCAACUUCGUGCGGACGAGGACGCCGACGCAGGUGGCCAGCCACGCUCAGAAGUACUUCAUCAGGCUCAGCUCAGGGGCGGCAAGGAGGUCGAGCAUCCACGACAUCACCACAGUUCACCUGACCGACGACCAGCCUCCCUCGCCGUCCCAGUGA